AUGUUGAAAGAUAUUUUAAUAACCAUUUUAUUGCUGGGUAUUGGCCAAGUUUUAUCACAACAUCGAAAGCGACAAUCACACCCUAUCUCACUAUUCAGUAUAUUGGGAUGGCGAGAUCCCGAUAGUGAACACAGUUCCAGAAACAAGAAUAAUAUCUUAACUCCGCCGUCGCCAAAUGAGCGAAAAUAUGACAGUUUCUUUUGGAGUUUACGAUGGGCCAAUAACCCAGAAAUUUUAAGUAGAAUUUUAGUCGGAAAACGUUUUCCACAUAAUAGUAAGAAACUAGAAAAUAUGAAGCGCAUUUCCAACAGACUCUAUACUACAUUAAAUAAAGAACAAGAUUCCGGAAUUAGAAAGCGCCAGGACUAUAAUUGUGAUACCACAAGAAUCACCAUUCAGACAAUCAUUGAAUAUCUUAGAACAGGAAGGAUAUGUGGAUUCCGUGUGUCUACAAUGCGUUUUGGAUUGGGACGACGGCGGUAA